AUGAAGGAGCCUGCGCUUCUUCUUCAUUGUCGGAGGGCAGAUCUAGAAGAGAGGUACAAACUGCUCGGGCUCCUGUACAUCUGUAUUGAGGAGGACUAUGGGAAGUUCUGGGGAAAGGAGAGAGCGUACAAAUUCACGCACAGCACUAUUCUCCACGAAUGCAUGGAUAGAAACAUUGCAACCACGUAUGUCGCCGAGUCUUACAACGGGCUCCUCGCUUUUGCUGUCACGACCGCGGCGGAGAUCCUUUACCUUGUUGUCCUCCCACAGUUCCGAGACAAGGGCAUUGGCCGGCGCCUGUUGAGCUUCGUUGAGGGCACAAUGCUCCUGACCACGCAUCGCCUAGAGGCCCGGAUAAACAAGCUCAACCGAAGCGGGCUGGAGCUAUUUUUAUCAAACGGGUGGAAGAUGGUCACUUAUAAGGAGACAGAUGAAGAAGUCACGCUAGCCCUUGAGCGACGUCACUUCUGA